AUGCGAGCGAAGCACCCGAUGGGGCGUCCUUUAACUGCUUCGCUCGGCGCGAGCCUCAACCUCAGCGCGAGCCUCGGUCGGCGCAGUAGAAGCCGAAGCGGCGGAGACGACGGCGACCACGGAUCAUCAGAGCUGGUGCAGCAGCUUCAAAGACUUUGCAGGCGCCAGAGACAGCGCGCCGAGGAACGCUCGUUUGUGCGAGACGUGGAGCGUGUGCUGACACUGCUACGAGCUCAAACGCCUGCAUCAUCAGAUGCAGGAGUGACUUCGGCCACGUUUCCAGGUCCAGGAUUAUCACUGGAGGCGCUGGGUAGUGUACAGGAGGAAGACGACGCGACUGGAGAGGAAAGGCGCAGCUCCGUUAUGAGUAGUAGCUCCACAUUCACUAGUUUCAGCUCUAUGAGCUCCGGUGACCGACUGAGAGAGACACUAACCCUCGCUGAGAUCGAUGCUCUGUUGGACUGCAUAGCCGACCUGUUCGACCAUCGCAAUCCCAGCGUACGUGCAUUGGCUUACGAAGUAGUGCAGCUGUGUUUAUUACGCUUCGGUGAGAGAUUAACUCCGGCUUUGAGGAGGAAGAUCUAUCUACGACUGGAGACUCGCCCUCCUGGGGAUUUUUUGUUGCGACAGAAAGCAAUUCGAGCUCUGACGCAAGAUGGACGUCACCUGGAGCCUUUUAAUGUUGAGUUGGGCUGGUUCCUGCUGCGGUUAUUGGAGCAAUCGGACGCUCAGCGUGACCUGCUUGGGCUUAUCCAGAGUAUUUUACGUCGCAGCCCACGAGCACUAGAUCGUGACAAGGUUAUUGCUAUUGUAGCGGUUAUAAGCUCGCGCUGUGAUAUGGCGUGGAGUCGCAACGAUCUAGAUGCGUGCCGUAGGUUUGUCGCCUUUUAUCACGUGCUGGCAGCGCACGAUUUAGCAUAUGCAGCGAGCUCCCCGGCGUGUCUGCGAUCGUUGUGUUGUAUUGUGAACGCUGAUGGACAUGGGACGUGGUCGGUCAUGAAGCUUUUACUUGAUGGAAGUUCGGGGUUCCUCGUACUACGAGGCUUACUUCAGUUACUGGAGCAUCCGGCGGGUGUUAAGUCCCCGUGGGUUUUACGUGGAGCAGUGUUUUUUGUUGGUAUGUCGUGCUGGGGUUCUCAGCGAGUGGCGAAGUUUGACGACAUUGCGUGGGCUCCCAUCUUAUUGGCGCUUGAACAAGCAUUACAAUGUUGCCGGGGCGUGGUCAUAUUCGAGGUCAUUUUAUCUGUGCAACGCCUUAUUAAGAAGUUUGGUGCAGUUUAUCAAGCAGGGAGUGGGCAAUACCGUGGCCACGAUCUGACUGCUGUAAGUGGUGCAAGUACCUCAAGCUUAAGUACUAACCGUGAUAAACGGUGUCUCGUUAUGGAGUGGGACAUUAUUUUGCGAAUACUGCAGACGCUGAGGCCAUGGGUGUCCAUGACGGAGAUCGAAGAAGCUCCUCAGCGAACACUGCCGUCGGAUAAUCGGAGACCGGAAGCUAAAAUCCAUCGGACAGCAGCUAUCUAUCCAGCAAAUGACCUGCCCGACGAACCGCAGCACCAUCUUUCGAUAUCAAUUCAACAAACCAGAAUCCCUCGUGAACUUUUGGAUACUUUGCAAGCUGUCGAGGACCUUGUCGAGCAACAGCAAUUUGCUGGAGACGCGGAUGAGUUUCUUAACAUUCUGGAAGAUUACCUACCGCAUCUCAGUGAAAACUCUAUGCUGUUUUUGUUGCGACAGCGUGCUGAGGCUGCCCACCCAGGAUACCAUCUGGACUGGUUGUCCACUUUAUCUUCUGCAAUGAGAACAUUUUUCUCUUGUAUAACUCCUGAUGGCGACGCUCUUCCUGUGCCAAGUACGAUACGUUUGGAGGCGCUGGAGGUACUACGAGUCAACCUAUGGACUAGUCGCAAUGUCUGCGAGGACCGCGUCAUUGAAGAAGUGGUGAUUCCAACGCUUGGUCGAGUGUAUGAAGACCCGGAUGCGGAGAUUCGUCGUCGUGCUCUUUUGUUUAUCAUUGAGGUGGCACGACAACUGGAAAGUGUAAAAUUUGAAUCACUGCUUGACAUCCUGGCUAGUGCCAUGACGCUUUCCAGUAAUGAAGAUGCUCAACUCGUGGCAGCGUCGGGUAUUGUGUCUCUCUUCUCGUCUGCUUUUGAUCAUUUACCCCCAGCUCGUGCUGUGCGUAUGUACGAUCUUCUUGCCACAACAGUGGAAACUCACCGAUGCCGCGAUGUUCGUUAUACUGCGCUAUCAUGCCUACUGUAUGUGUGUGAAGCCCGUGCUACUGACGGAAAACUCCAGUGGAAGGAGCAAGAACACACGCGCACAUCACGGUUCUUGUUUGUGUCUCGUCGAGCUGCGCGUACCAACGCGGCUGGCGUGCAGUUGACAGCUUCCUGUGUACCGGUGACUCGUGCUCUUCGCGCUCUACUAACGCUAGUAAGUGCCGAGCCUGACGCGGAGCUUUUCCGUAUGGCUGUCAAAGGCAUCAAGACAAUGCUGGAAAACCGUGCCAUUCUUGAAGAUGUCGAUGUUAGCGAGGUCUUGGCGAAGGUUGUCGCUAGUAUUGAUUACAGGGCCUUCGGGCGUGGUGCUAUUCCCGAUGAGGUCGACAGAUUACUUCACGACCAGAACAGUAAUUCGGAGUCUGGCGAAGAAGAUGCAACGGUAUUGAUACCUCGGCAUCGCAAGUCACGAGAUAAUGGUAGACGUGCUGGUCGCGCGAUCCCGCUGACAGAUGCAGAGCUUGUACGCUCGAUUAGGUCCAUGAGUACGGGCGCGAGUGAAAAUACGGCAUUAUCGUUCGGUGCAAGAGUGGAAGCAACGGCAGGUUUUCUGGCUAAAACUCGAUUUCUCACGAUGGGAAUUGAACUGCUGCAACUUCUUGUUAGCUACGAAGCCGAGCUGCACGAAAAUGCAGUGCACGAGCUCACGCGAUGUUUGAUAGGUGCGAUGAAGUUACGCUUGGCUGUUGCUGAAAAGGACCUGUUCGCGGGAGGUACUUCUGGUGACGAUUCGACUUUAUCUGCGUCUGCAUCUUCGCCAAAUAUGCUGUAUCACCAUCAAGAAACAGAAUCUCAGGCUGCAUACGCUUCUAGUACACCUCUUGGGUUUACGUCUCGUGUGUUGUCAAGGUUUCAGACAUCGGCAUCUCACGGUAAUUUAUUCCAUGCGUUGUCUGGGUCGGUGAGUAAAUCCUCGUUAGGACCAGCUCCUACUCGAACAAGUACACCGAGACGUCCGACACGACAAGAUAGAGCGCGCUUGCAGGAAUUCCUACGUCAACUCUUCGAAGCCGAAUUUAAGCUGCUGCACACCACCACGACCGCGUUGAGUCUGUUAGCUCUUGUCGCGUCUGGUUCAGUGCUAGGCCAACUUGAGGAAGUGCUUCAAAGCCUGCGUACGUGCGUUACGACUGUGGAUGGAGAUUUUCGGCCUGAUGCUUUCGUUGCUGUGCUGGAUUUAUUGGGCGUCAUCGUGCCGAUAUUGGCUGGCGAACCGGAAGACAGCGUCUUACGUGCACACCAGGCGAUGGUGGAGGCACUGCUGCUUGGGUUUGAAUACUCCAAGUCAAGGCAGCUGUCGUACCUUGCGUUCCGUCUUCUUUGCCAAGUUAUUCAGCAGAGUGACCGCAAGAAUAGGAUUCCCCUUGCAGCCGUGGCAAUGCCAACACUACAGCGGUGUACCCGUCGCGCAAACAGCCUUCUCGCAGAGGCUGCUGUGGAUUAUUUAAUGUGCUAUGCGUACUCCCAAUCAGCGCUAGCUCCUUCGGCCCUUCCGGUGAUUCGUGCCAAACGAUGUCAAGGUCUUGGGUUUACAAAAGGUCAUUGUUGA